AUGAGCGACAAUGAUUCUGGCAUCAUUCUCCACUCAGGCUCCGACAGCCCGACGUCGCACUCGAAGGACGUGACCACUCACACUCGGGCGAUGAAGCUGAAGCACCAGGCUCUACAGGAGCGACUGGAGCUGUGUCUGCAGGAGCUCCGGCAGCUCUGCAUCCGGGAGGCGGAGCUGACGGGGAAGCUGUCUGAGGAUUUCCCGCUGAAGCCCGGAGAGAAGCCGCCGCAGAUUCGCAGACGAGUGGGAGCAGCGUUCAAACUGGACGAGCUCAGUCUCCCCCACACGAACGGGGAUUCGGACCUGAGCUCGGUGGAGGCGGCGCUGUCUUUGCAGAUGAAGAUUUACGAAGCGGCCAGGCGUCUGUGCGGCGAGCAGCGGAUGAGCAAAGGCGUCCGCAAGAGCCGCCUGCAGCAGUGCAAACGAGAGCAGCUCAAACUGAAGCAGCUGCAGGACACGGCCUUCAAACUGAGGCUGGAGCACGGCCGCACGUCUCCGCUGCCCGCCUUCAACCUCAGUCCCCCAGAUCCAGGAACCUCUGAUGACAGCUCUUUGUCAGACUCUGUGGUACAAGAUGAAGAAGUCUGCAGCUCGUCUCAGCUUUUGAUCUCGGAGCCGGACGCUCCGCCGCCUCUCUCUGCUCCGUCUACUCCCUGCUCCCUGAACAGCGCCCCCUAUGGUCUGUCUGGGUCUCUGCAGGGGACCCCCUGCCCUUCCCCUCGCCUGGACUCCAGCCUCAGCCUUAACUCCUCUUUAGCUCUGGACGACCCUCCGCCCAUUGAGCACUCGCCCUGGUCCGAGUCCAACCUGGACCAGCCCCUGGACCCCAAGAAGAAGUCCCGCUCCUCCAGCAAGAAAAGCUGCACCCCAGUGAAGACAGAGCUGUUGCCCCCCCUGGAGGAGUGUCUGGCUCAGUCCGCUCUGAACUCACAUCUGUCUCAUCUCAAACUGACGCGGUCCCAGUCCAACAGCACCCCGUCCACUCCGGAGAUGAGGGUCCACCGACAACUCUCACUCAGACUGUCCGGCCCCGAAGCCUCGUACAACCACGAGAAGGAGCGCGGACGCACCAGGAGCGCUCGCCGCCGCCUCACCGACUUUGCCAUCACCUACAACAAUCCCACUUCUACCACCGCGCUGAAACCCUCUCUCAACUACAACAACCACGCCGGCUCCGAGGACAGCAACUCCGAACACUCGUACUCCUCCUACAACAGCUCGCCGUGCCACGAAACCCCCACCGAUUUACCCAAGCAAUACCACGCGGUUUUCUCCAACGGCAGCUACCAAGCCCAGCUAUUCCCUCAAGCGAGUUUCUAUCACCACACGAAAACGCAGUCUUCUCCUAAAGCGUAUUACGAGGACAUGGUUUACCCGGCGGACAUGGACAUGGGGAGGAGCUACUACGGCCAGUCCCCCGCUCAUUCAAACCGCUACGAGUAUUGGUACAAGGAAGCCCCCGUGCAGCAGUACCAGCGCGUGCACAGGACUCCAGACGUGAGGCUGACACCGCCGCCGCCGCAGCCGCACUGGGACCAGCGGAACGGCCACGGCCCCAGUUUCAGGGCGGGGUUUUCGCCGCAGCAGGUAGUGAACGAGCAGCUGAAGUCGUGGCAUCGGCGAAGCAGUCAGCUCAAGGCGCCCAGAUCUCGUUCGCUCGACCGGCAGGGCGCAGUGCGGUUCAAGAGCGCGCCGGCGAUGAGAGAGGUUUACCAGACACCCACGUAUCAAGACCAGGCGACCCCGCGCAGAGCUCAGCGGCCUUUAGACGACUCACCUGGACACUGGACGGUGGACGACGGCACUCACUACAUGAGCCAAGUCUGA